AUGCUACAGGAUCUUUGCCACUGCGCUAUGACAGCCGGUGACAGCACGCAAUGGCUCCAUCACAUUGGACUGCCCUUACCGAUAUACUGGGUGGCCUGUGCUGCACGAGACAAGGCUAUUGCUGACCUCCGGGUUACUGACUCCACCUCGGGCAUAUAUGCGUCCCUCAAGGCUACUCUCCUCAAUAUGGCCAACAAAAGGUGGGGAGAGAAAGCGAAGGUCUUGAAAGGGAAAGGACAAGGGGUCAUCGAACAUUACGAGUGGGUGUUUACCCUCGCUCCCCUGGAGGAGCAAGGGGCCCUCUUCCCUUGUUUCCAGUACCGACUCCCAUCCAGCGAAGAAGAGGCGUACGGGGUCAAACCAGCGGGCAGAGUUGAGGCUUGGAAGUCUAUCAAAGAGGAUCUUAAGACAGACCACGCCCGGGCUUUCUACGCUUUGUUACUACUGGAAGACCGGCUCCAGGAGUUUGACAGCGGUCCUCACCCUGACACCCCUCCUCUCUCAGACGACGAAAAGCUUCAACUCAGGGCUACUGCGGCGGGAUUGAAUGCUUCGGAUGAUGAUGAUGAUUACUGA